GCCGCCACAGCUUCGAGGCCGAGUCGGGUCGCUGCUGCCGCCGCCGCCACAGCUACGAGGCCCAGUCGGGUCGCCGCUGCCGCUGGAGCGCUGCCACAGCUCCGAGGCCGCCAGCUCCGCCAUUAGGCCUCGGCGCAGACGGAGACGGGGAAUACGACAGAAAAAAAGUCGCAUCCCCCCGAAGGAAGAGACCAAAACAUGUUUCUCCCACCCCAUCCACACACAUACACAACUUAAUAAAACAAAAUUAACUAAGACUGAAACAGGUUAAUUUAUUAUGGGGAACAAGGAAAUGGCAGACGAGUUGAACAGAUACUUUGGAUCCGAUUUACUAAGGAAGACACAAACAAUUUCCCUGAUGUACUGGUGGCCAGAGGAUCUAGAGUGACGGAGGAACUGAAAGAAAUUCACAUUAAGCAGGAAAUGGUGUUGGGUAGACUGAUGGGACUGAAGGCUGAUAAAUCUCCAGGGCUUGAUGGUCUGCAUCCCAGGGUACUUCAGGAAGUGGCUCUACAAAUUAUGGACGCAUUGGCGAUCAAUUUCCAAUGUUCCAUAGAUUCAGGAUCAGUUCAUGUAGAUUGGAGGAUAGCUAAUGUUAUCCCAUUUUUUAAGAAAGGCGGGAGAGAGAAAAAAGUGAAUUAUAGACCAGUUAGCCUGACAUCGGUGGUGAGGAAGAUGCUGGAGACAAUUAUAUAAGAUGAAAUAGUGGCACAUUUUGAAAGCAGUAGCAGGAUCGGUCCGAGUCAGCAUGGAUUUACGAAGGGGAAAUCAUGCUUGACUAAUCUUGUGGAAUUUUUUGAGGAUGUAACUAGGAAAAUGGACAAGGGAGAGCCAGUGGAUAUAGUGUAAUUGAAUUUUCAGAAAGCAUUUGAUAAGGUCCCACAUAGUGGCCAAAAUUAGAGCACAUGGUAUUGGGGGUAGGGUACUGACAUGGAUAGAAAAUUGGUUGGCUGACAGGAAUCAAAGAGUAGGGAUUAACGGGUCCCUUUCAGAAUGGCAGGCAAUGAUUUUGAUGAAGGGAUUCAAAGUAACAUCAGCAAAUUUGCAGAUGACACUAAGCUGGGUGGCAAUGUGAACUGUGAGGAGGAUGCUAUGAGGAAGUAGGUUGACUUGGACAGGUUGGGUGAGUGAGCAGAUGCAUGGCUGGUGCAGUUUAAUGUGGAUAAAUGUGAGGUUACCCUCUUUGGUGGCAAAAACAGGAAGCAGAUUAUUAUCUGAAUGGUGUCAAGUUGGGAAAAGGGGAAGUACAAAGAGAUCUGGGGGUCCUUGUUCAUCACUCACUGAAAGUAAGCAUGCAGGUACCACAGGCAGUGAAGAAAACUAGUGGCAUGUUGGCCUUCAUAACAAGAGGAGUUGAGUAAAGAGGUCCAGCAGUUGUACAGGGCCCUAGUGAGACCACGCCUGGAGUAUUGUGUGCAGUUGGGUCAUCAAAUUUGAGGAAGGAUAUUCUUGCUAUUGAGGGAGUAGAAACAUAGAAAAUAGGUGCAGGAGGAGGCCAUUCAUUGUGAUCAUGGCUGAUCGUCCCCAAUCAAUAACCCAUGCCUGCCUUCUCCCCAUAAUCCCUUGAUUCCACUAGCCGCUAGAGCUCUAUCUAACUCUCUCUUAAAUCCAUCCAGUGAUUUAGCCUCCACUGCCCUCUGUGGCAGGGAAUUCCACAAAUUCACAACUCUCUGGGUGAAAAAGUUUUUUCUCACCUCAGUCUUAAACGGCCUCCCCUUUAUUCUAAGACUGUGGCCCCUUGUUAUGGACUCGUCCAACAUUGGGAACAUUUUUCCUGCAUCUAGCUUUUAUAAUUUUAUAUGUUUCUAUAAGAUCCCCCCUCAUAAACUCCAGUGAAUACAAGACUAGUCUUUUCAAUCUUUCCUCAUAUGACAGUCCCGCCAUCCCAGGGAUCAAUCUUGUGAACCUACGCUGCACUGCCUCAAUCACAAGAAUGUCCUUCCUCAAAUUAGGAGACCAAAACUGUACAUAAUACUCUAGAUGUGGUCUUACCAGAGACCUGUACAACUGCAGAAGAACCUCUUUGAUAGAAUGGUAUGUUGAUAGAAUGGAGUAGCUGAGCUUGCAUACUCUGGAAUUUAGAAGGAUGAGAGGAUAUCUUAUUGAAACAUAUAAGAUUAUUAAGGGAUUGGAUACGCUAGAGCAGGGGUUGGCAACCUACGACCCAAGGCCGGAUCUGGCCCGUAACCCGAAUUCAUCUGGCCUGCAGGCCUUUUCAUCAUCUAGACUUCUUUAGACUAUUUAAUAUUGUUGAAACAUGUUCCCAAUGUUGGGGGAGUCAAGAACCAGGGCCACAAUUUAAAGAUAUGGGUAGCCUAUUUAGAACGUAGAUGAGGAAAAACGUUAUUACCCAGAGAGUUGGGAAUCGGAAGGCAGUGGAGGCCAAUUCUCUGGAUGCUUUCAAGAGAGAGUUAGAUAGAGCUCUGAAAGAUAGCGGAGUCAUGGAGAUAUGGUGAGAAGGCAGGUUCACAAUCUUCACCACAUCUGAAAGCACUUCUCGAAGACCAGGAGGGAGAGUCUACAUCGCUAAAGCAUGGCGAUGUAUCAUGCAGUGGGUGAAGGAGACAUGCGGAGCGACAUCCUUCACAAAGGCUUUGAAGCCAGAUCUGCUUCCCCCCUUGGAAGGUGCCCCAUCUGUACACACCCCGACAAGUCAUUCCCAGCCAAGCUCAUGUUGGAUGAGGAAGGCUUCCAGCAUUCUGAACACAUCUUCUCCCGGUGUGGUAGUGGCCAAUGGCUCCGAGAACAGCCCUUCCCCGCCAGGUCGCUGUGACCAGACUCUAAAUGGAUCUUCAGUUUGCUGGGCUUCAUGCUCUCGUUGCUCAAAACCUUGGCACAGAUAACACAUUGCAGCUUGACCAUGGAUUUUUGAACAAUGCUUGUGAAGCCAAACAUGGUUCAUAACACAAACAGUUUAUGUGCAUAUACGUACACGCAUACGCGAACAAAGUACUGUAUGUGGUAUGUACAUUUGUUAGGUUCGUAAGAAAUGGGCUCAACAAAUUGAUAGGUUAUUUAUGACCCCUUCAUGACCCAUGAAAAAACCCAAACGACCCCCAUGGGGGUCACGACACCCAGGUUAAGAACCACUGGUCUAUAUAGUCUUUCUCUUGACUGGAUAGCAUACUAUAAAGAAGCUUUUCGCUAUGUAGGAAGGGACUGCAGAUGCUAGGUUCAAUCAAAGAUAGAAACAAAAAGUUGGAGUAACUUAGCAGGUCAGGCAGCAUCUCAAAAUGGAAUAGGUGACGUUUUGGGUCUCUACUUCCUUGCCCUAUUAGAGAAGGAGCAACAAUUAACCUCCUGGUGAGAAAAGAGGCUGGGCAGGUGAGUGAAGUGUUUGCGGAAAAACAGAUUGAAAAUGAAUUAUAAUGUACUGGAAGGUCUCCACAUUACAAUAGAGGAGGUGCUGGAGGCCUUGAGGCAUAAUAAGAUGGAUAAAUCCCCUGGGCAUGAUUAAAUGUGUCCAAGAAUAUUGCAGGAAGCAAGGGAAGAAAAUACAGAAGCCCUGGCAGAGAUAAUUGCAUUAUCUUUAUCAAUAGGUACUGAAAGACUGGAGUAUGGGUAAAGUUGUGCAUUUGUUUAAGAAAGGCUGUAAUGACAAACCAGGGAAUUACAGGCUGGCGAGCCUCACAAUGGUGGUGAUACUGGAGGGAAUACUGAGGGACAGUGUGUAGGAAAUCCUGUUCCACAAAUUUAAUUGAGUUUUUUUACAAGGUCACAGGUAAGGACACUGACUAUGCGACCUUUUAAGUUAACACUUCAAUUUGUAGAUCCUUCAUCAGAAUUGAGUUUCUUCAUCACCCUAUGACCUGAAACAUUAACUCUUUUUCUCUUCCCACAUAUGUGACCUGGCCUGCCGGUGAUUUUCAGUGUUUUCUGUUUUAUUAUUGGAUUUAAAUCUGCCUUGCUGUGUUACUGGCAUGUAUUUUUUUGUAUUCAUUUAGAAGGACUUGUGACAGCACAGUUUCUAAUACUGAAAUGAAAAUAUUGUUGCUUCCCUGGACUUCUGUACUUUCUAAUUACUGGAAGCAGCAACCCACAAUGGAUAAAGAAAAGGCAAAUGUUGAUUGCGCAGAAACAAUGUUUAUUGCACAGGAAAGCCAUUAUUGUACAUGAAGCUUAGCUAGAGUUGAUUCCCUUGGACUAGUGGAGGUUGGAGUUGAACUCAUGACAUACAACAGAGAGGAAGCUACUGUACUGCUGUGAGUUUUGUAUAAAUCGGUCAUUUUAAUAAAAGGCUAUUCCAGAAGCAUUGACAUCAAAUUUCUUGUACACCUCAAGGGAAAGACGGUUGUAGAAAUUAUCCUGACUGACUUAGCGCCAACCAAGUUGCUAUACUGGGCUAAGUCCCAUUUGCCUUUCUGUUGCCUUUAUUCACUUGCAGAUAUUGGCAAUAUGGACAUUUCCAAUCUUUAUGACAUCACAAUAGGUUGAUUACAUAAAUAUUAAUACAAAUAGGACAAGAUCAAGGUCAAAUGAAUGUGACUCAGAAGGUCAAAGCAGGCAAUUCUGAACAUCUUUUACCAUCUCCUUUGAAGGGUGCCUCUGGACAUAAUUGACCGGUGUUGUAAUUAACAAUGACAUCUAUGAUGGGGAAAUUUAAUUAAAUAUGAUCUAAGGACCAAUGAUUUGAAAGCUGGCAUCCUGUUGCUAUUGGCCAAGUGAGCAGGAGUCAUGUUAGAUUUUGAAUUUGGUCUACAUGUUGAAUCAUAAGAAAUAAUCCCACGAUUAUUUUAAUAUCCAACCUGGAAAUAUAGGAACCACAAUGUGAAUGAUGGCCCAUUCCCCGUCUAAGAGCAUCACCUAUAAACUCACCAAAGAACAUCAUGGAAUCACAAUACGUUAAAAAAUUGCCAGAAAUAUCAGCCUGCAAUGAAGACCUGAGGAAAGUUUUGCACAAAAAUCCUACCAUCGUGAAAGAAUUGCAUAAAUUAGUUGAGCAAGGUUUGGCUGACAAAUUAGAAAAGCUUGGGAUAAAACCUGAUGCUCAAGGCAUUUCUGAAGAACAGCUUACAAGAAUUCAGUAUACUAUUGAUUUUGACAGAGAAGAAAAAGCAAAAGGAUUGCCAAACUUUUAUCUUUAUCGUGAAAGCUUGGCACGCAAGAUUCAGGAUAGGAUUAGUGGCAAAGACAGCAUUUGUCAAUUGAAAACGAAAGUAAAAAAAGGUACUGGAAAAUUGAACACAAUAAUUACACAGCCUUCAUGUGCCAAGAUUUGUAAAAAUGUAAAAGCUCCUUCUCCAACCCCAUCCUCAACAUCACUGAGCACCAUAUCAAGCAUUGCGGGGGAGCCUGUAGAAAUUCAAAGUUCACGCAGUGCAUCAACUGAAAGCAGCAAAAUUGAAUUGUCUGAUACCUGUGAACUGGAGGAAGUCUGCACCCUUCCUGAAGAGAAAACAACAAUCCAGGACAUAGAGGGCAUUACUGUAAACAUAGAAGAGGAACUUCAUCGGCGCGUAAUGGCCAGAGCAGCUAAGACGCUAAUUCCACGUAAGAAGAAUGUAGCUGAAGUCCUGAAGUGAUAAACGAUAUGAUUCCUCGAAUGGGCGAUAUAAUCAUUGAAACAGGCUGGAACAACUUAGUUGAAGAUAGACAUCUGGAUUUUAAAAGUGCGCAUUGAAGAAAUACAGAAAGGAAAGCAACCAAUUACUUAAGAUGUUGGUUACACCAAAUGUUUCUAGAAACGUUUUUGUAUUUCUUUGCUUCUAGUUCAAAUUAUUCAACUUUCUUUUGUUAAGAAGCAAUACUUGUUUUGUAUUUAUGGUUUUGGUAUACAUUUUUCAGGUUAAAAAAAAUCUUGGUAAUUUCUGCAUUUUACAAAACCCUUGAAAACAUAUGUCCAUGAGUGUCAAAUGUCAAAAAACAUAGUCAAACAUUUUUUCUCACCAUGCAUAACUUGAGCUAUUUUGUUUUUAAAUACAAAUGUAUCAGGUCACUCUUUCACAUGCUGCAGGAUAAAAUAAACUCUGAACAUGAAUUAAUCACCAAGUUUAAUUUUCUUUAUUGUGAAAGAAGACAUCGCAGGAGAUAGCUUCAGCAAAUAAUAUUCAAAAAUCCAAAGAGAUUUUAUAAGGAAAAGAGGAUAACUAGACAGUGAAUAGGUCCCCUAAGGAACCAAAGUGGCCAUCUCUGUGAGGAGCUGCGGAAGAUGUGCAAGGUCCUCAAUAAGUAUUUCUCCUCUUUUUACUGAGGAAAAUUACAUGAAGACUGGGGAACUUGGGACAGAUAAUGGAGAUGUCCUGAGGACAGUCCGCAUUAUGGUCAAGGAUGUGCUAGACAUCCUAAGACAUAUGAAGAAAUGUAAAGGGCCUGUCCCACUUGGGCGUCAUUUGCGCGUCACGUAGAUGACGCGCGAAGAUUUUGUACAUACCAAAAUCCUGGGGCGUCACUGCCUAUGCCUUGCGAGUCACUGCCUAUGUCACCACACGCGUCGUGUGUCGUGAGCGUAAAUUACGUGCCAAUGACGCCCAAGUGGGACAGGCCCUUUAAUCCCCUAGGCCUAAUUAAAUAUAUCCAAAGACACUGUGAAGUUAGAGAAAAAGUUGCAGGCACCCUGGCUGAGAUAUAUGAAUCAUCAUAAGACAUGAGUAAGGUGCUGGAAGACUGGAAGGUAACUAAUGUGUGCCAUUAUUUAAGAAGGGCUGCAAGAAAAUGCCCGUAAACAUUUUGACCAGUGAGCAUAACAUCUAAGGCAGGCAAUCUACAGGAGAGUAUUCUGAAAUAUAAGAUGCAUUUGGAUAGACUGGUGCUGAUUAGUUUUUGUAGCAUAGUUUUGUAUGUGGGAGAUCAUGUCUUACAUAUCUGACUGAGUUUUUUGAAGAAGUGACCAAAAAGAUUGAUGAGGGCAAAGCCACAGAUGUCUAUAUGCACUUUUCAGUAAGGCAUUUGAUAAAGUUCCAGACAACAUCCUGUGAACAUCUUCUGCAUCAUUCCCAAACAUCUCCACUCUGGGGAAAAGGUUCCAACUGUCUACCCUGACUCUGCAUCUCAUAAUUUAGUAUACAUCUAUUAGGUCUCCCCUCAACCUUUGAGGCUCCAAAGAAAACAAUUCAAAUUUGUCCAACCUCUCAUUAUUUAAUAUCCUCUAUUCCAUGAAACAUUCUGGUAACUCUUCUAAAACCUCCCUAAAGUCUCCACAUCAUUCCUGUCAUAGUGACAAUACACCAAAUGCGUCCUAAACAAAGGUUUAUAAAGUUUCAAAAUGAUUUCCUGACUUGUAUUCAGUGCCCUAACCAAUGAAGGCAAGCAUACCCAUACAUCUUCUCUACCACUGGAUCUGCUUGUGGGUCCACAUUCAGGGAGCUUUGGAUUGAAUCCCCUUUCCCCUUACAGUCGACCUUGCAACAUGUGAGUCAGAUAACAAACUGCAUUUACAUUCAAGUGAUUUAUAUAUAUAUAUAUCACAAAUGACAGACACCCAGCAGUGAUCAUUGUGCACAAUCAUUGAGGAUAGGUGACAAAUCAUCCUUGAUGAUAAUCCUCAACACUGGUGCCUUGCAAGGAUGCGUCCACAGCCCCCCUCUCUUAUACACCCAUGACUGGGCAGCCAAAUACAGACCCAACUCAAUUUACAAAUUGUAGAUGACACCGCUGUAGUGGGCCGGACAGGCAAUAAUAACAAGACAUAGUACAGGAAGGAGAUUGGGAACCCCGUAAAGUGGUGCCGA